CUCAAUUUACACAGUGUUUCCAUAUUUCACACACUCUCUCUCUCUCUCUCUCUCUCCAAUUCAUAUUUUGGUUUGUUUGCAGAGUUUUCCUUCUAUAACUGCCCACCACUCUCCUUUGCCAAUCAAAACAAGAAGAAAAAAAAACUGAACAAAUCAUAUAUACUUCAACCACAUACUCCUUGCAUUCCUAUCACAACUCUCUCUCUCUCUGGUAUAACCCCAUUCUUCAUCUUCUUGUUCCUUCUCUGUUUCUGCCAUUGUUGUUCUCCUUCUCUCUUUACAUAUAGAUAUGGGCUUUCUUUUUCUUUUGAUAGAAGGAUAUGGGUUUUCUUUGACAGUUUUUUUUUUCCCCCUGAUUCUUUCAUCGAUGAAAUAAACUUUUUUUUUUAUAAAAAAUAACAUAAAAAUUAUUUGGGUUUUCUUUGAUUGUAUCUAACAUUGUAUUUUCAUUUGAUUUCAGAGCAUUGCCGCAUAAUCUGGGCCAUUUCAGGCGUUUACGGAGGUGGCAUAUUGAAAAAGAGCUUAUUAUUUGAAAAUAGAGAUAACCUUUGUGAUUCCCCAACUUUUGAAAUCCUCUUCAGAGAGAGAUUCAAGGCCCAAUGGUUGGUUGGUUGUUUGGUUGAUUGGCUCACUCAUUGGCUGGCUUUUGUUUCCGUUACCAAAAAUUUAGGGGAAAAAAUAUCUCCUAAAAUUUGUGUCCCCAUUGCUCUGUUUUUGUAACGGCUCUGUAAAAUCCUUGAUUGCCACUCCCGAUCUUCUAGGUUUUGAGACGUUUCAAAACUCUCUCAAAAUUCAAAUAUAUUUUCAUUCUCCUUGCUAUUUCCAAAGUUUUCAAGGUCUUUCUUUGAAUCACUGCUUCACACUCAAUCCAAUUCUUGCAAGACACACACAAUGCAGACCCAAAACCAAAACCAAAACCAAAACCCAACUCGAAAUCGUAAUCCUAACCGAAACCCACCUGAGGAUUUUACUCUGAAGGAGACAUCACCGAACCUCGGUGGCAGCGGUGGCGGGAGGGUCUCCGGCAUUGACAGAGUCUCCACCACUUUCGACCUUGUUGAGCAAAUGGACUACCUCUAUGUCAGAGUAGUCAAGGCCAAAGAAUUGCCUCCAAAAAAUGCUAAUGCUAAUACUAAUGCUAAUGCUAAUGCUAAUGCCAACGGUUCUUCUUGUGAUCCUUUUGUUGAAGUGAAGCUUGGAAACUACAAGGGUGCGACAAAGCAUUUCGAAAACAAACCCAACCCAGAAUGGAACCAAGUGUUUGCAUUCUUGAAAGAUCGAAUUCACUCCACUUGCGUUGAUAUCAUUGUGAAGGAUAAAGAUAUGGGUAAUAGGGAUGAUUACAUUGGCAAGAUUGUGUUCGAAAUCUAUGAUGUCCCGAAGAGGGUUCCACCAGAUAGCCCUUUGGCGCCGCAAUGGUACAAAUUGGAGAACAAAAAUGGGCAAAAGAUUAGAGGAGAGUUGAUGGUGGCUGUGUGGAUGGGUACUCAAGCGGAUGAGGCCUUCCCGGAUGCUUGGCAUUUGGAUGCUGCUGGGGUUAGUGGCGAUGGCGUGGCCAAUAUUCGAUCAAAGGUAUAUCUAUCUCCCAAGCUUUGGUAUCUUAGAGUGAAUGUGAUUGAGGCUCAAGAUUUGCAGCCCAGUGACAAGAAUAGGCUAUUGGAAGUGUUUGUUAAGGUUGUUUUUGGGAAUGUUGUUAUGAGAAGUAAAAUUUCACAAAACAAGAAUGUGAAUCCGAUGUGGAAUGAGGACUUGAUGUUUGUUGCUGCCGAGCCCUUUGAGGAAGAGUUGGUUAUGAGUGUGGAGGAUAGAGUGGCACCCAAUAAGGAUGAAGUUUUGGGGAAAUGUCGGGUUCUUUUACAGAAUGUGGAGAAGAGGACUGAAUGCGAAUGUGUGAAUAGUAAAUGGUACAAUAUUGAGAAGCAGGAGGGGAAGGUUGUGGGUCGGAUUCAUACCAGGAUCAGCUUGGAUGGUGGGUACCAUGUCCUCGAUGAAUUGACUCAAUAUAGCAGCGAUCUGAGGGCUACAACGAAGCAAUUGUGUAAGCCGGGUAUUGGGGUGUUCGAAUUGGGGAUUUUGAGUGCUCAAGGUUUGUCAGCAAUGAAGAAAAAGGAUGGUCGAGGAACUGCAGAUGCCUAUUGCGUGGCUAAAUAUGGGCAGAAAUGGAUUCGCACAAGGACAAUCAUAGACAGUUCCAAUCCAAAAUGGAACGAGCAAUACACAUGGGAAGUUUUUGAUCAUUGCACUGCCAUUACAAUUGUUGUAUUUGAUAAUUGUCAUUUGCAAGAUAAGGAUGGAGCGAAGGAUGCAAUAAUUGGGAAAGUGAGGAUUCGGUUAUCAAUGCUUGAAAGUGAUCGCGUUUACACACAUUCGUAUCCGCUCAUAGUCUUACAUUCCGAUGGGGUGAAGAAGAUGGGAGAGAUUCAAUUGGCUGUGAGGUUUACUUACUCAUCUUUGUACAAUAUGCUCCAAUUGUAUGCACAGCCCCUUUUGCCAAAAAUGCAUUAUCUUCGCCCACUGUCGGUUUUUCAGCAAGAUAGCUUAAGACACCAGGCAACUCAAAUCAUCACAAUGAGGAUGAGCCGGGCUGAGCCUCCAUUGAGAAAAGAGGUUGUUGAGUACAUGCUCGACGUAGGCUCACACAUGUGGAGUAUGCGAAAAAGCAAAGCCAAUAUUUGUAGGAUUAUCGACGUUUUGUCUGGCCUUGCUACAGUUAAUAGAUGGUUUGAUGAGAUACGCUUGUGGAAAAACCCUUUCAUGACGGUGUUCAUCCACAUAUGGUGCUUGAUAAUAAUCAUCUACCCAAAAAUGAUUUUCACUACAAUUUUACUAUCUCUUUUUUUGGUGGGGCUUUUGAACUAUAGGAAGAGGCCGAGACACCCUCCUCACAUGGACGCGAGGCUCUCUCACGCUGAUACAGCGACUGUUGAUGAAUUAGAUGAAGAGUUUGAUUCAUUUCCGUCUUCUAGGCAAGCUGAUGUUUUGAAGACGAGGUACGACAGGUUGAGAUGUAUUGCAGCAAGGAUGCAGACAGUGGUUGGGGAUUUGGCAACUCAAGGGGAGAGGUUUCAUUCUUUGCUGAGCUGGCGUGAUCCGAGAGCCACAGCUCUGUUUAUGAUAUCCUGUUUGGUUGCAGCUGUGGUGCUUUGGUUCACUCCCAUCCAAGGGCUAUGUGUUCUUUUGGUAUUAUAUGUUUUGAGGCAUCCAAGGUUUCGUGAUAAGCUCCAUUCGUCGCCUUUUAACUUCUUCAGAAGAUUGCCUACAAAAGCAGAUAGCUUGUUGUGAGGUUCUCAUGUUUUGGUAAAGUAAAUGGCCCGGUAUGGAUCAUUUUUGUUUUAUUGCAGUUUGACAUUUGUGUUUUGCACUAAUCUUAUAUGUUAUGAUGAACCUGUUCUUCU